AUGCAGAGAAGUUCGCACAAUUUUGUGAGCACUUCUGCUCAGACGGGCUCGCCACAAAUUGGCUCACCGAUGGUCGCACACAGUCUCAGCCCCGUAAGCCGAAGUGUCCGGGCAAUCGCUGGUCAAGGAGCUCCAGGAGUCGCGACCGUCCGAAGCAUCGCCAGCUGCCCUGUCCGCAUGGUGCGUACGGCAGUGCGCAGUGUGUGCAAUUCAACGCCGGCGAAGGGUGCCAUCUGGCUGCAGGCAGCUGUACUUCACUUGAACUGUGGAGCUGCCGGCAGAUGGACCCUGGCUUGGGGAUCGAUGCUGCAAGGAUGCGGGCAAUCCUUGGGAAAGCUCCCGUCACAGAAGAUGGCAGCGCCCGGUGCAAAGCCUUGUUUCCUUGGGCAAAACUCCAAGGACUCCAAGGAGUUCCAAGUACAUAUAGCUCGUGAGACUCGGGCCAGUUUCAGUAGAAGGACAAGCAAAGUAUGA